UUUUCCCCAAUUCUUUUAACCGGCAGAUCACCAAUUAAAUCGGUGUGAGUGUGUGUGUGGUUUCUUCUAAUACCAUCAUAAUCAUUCAUACACAACAGCAAUGUCUCUAGUGUUCAGCAAAAAUGAUUUCAUUUCUUGCUGUGGAAGCACCAAAUUUGCAGAAGAAAUGGUCGCCGAUGGACCCUUUGCUACAUACGACGAAGCUGUUGUUGCAGCCAAGAACAUCUGGUUCAAUAGGGUUGAUGUAAAUGGUUGGCUUGAAGCAUUCGCUGCUCAUCCCCAAAUUGGACAAAAUUUAUCUUCAUCUGCUCACAACAGUUCCACAAGUGCUCAAUGGAGUAAAGGCGAGCAGUCCACUGCUCUUGCCACUGCAACCGAUUCUAGCCUACAAGAGUUAUACGAGUGGAAUUCUCGAUAUAAGCAAAAGUUUGGAUUUGUUUUCCUGAUAUGUGCAUCUGGAAGAAGUACUCCUGAAAUUCUAUCUGAGUUGAAGAGACGGUUUUCAAACAGGCCAAUUGUCGAAUUUGAGAAUGCAGCCGAAGAACAAAUGAAAAUAACUGAAUUACGUCUUCAUAAGCUUUUCUCAAAUGUAACUCAGGCUCAAUCCACUGCAAGCGGUGUCACUAAAGCAGAAGAAGGUCGGAUGAACAUUUUGGGAGGGCAUAUAACCGCUCCACCCGUAACUACACGGGUUCGCCCGCCCAUCACAACCCAUAUACUAGAUGUAGCCCGCGGCUGUCCUGCAGCCGGGAUCGAAGUCCAGUUAGAAAUGUAUAACGCCAAACAGCCCGGCCCAGUGUUUGGUGAGUCGGAUAAAGACAAGUGGAUAUUACAAGGCUCAUCAACUACGGAUAAAGACGGAAGAAGCGGUCAGCUGAUGAAAAUAGUCAAUGAUUUGAGCCCCGGUGUAUACCGUAUCAGUUUCAACACAGGCAAAUACAACCCGGAUGGCUUCUUCCCGUUUGUCUCCAUUGUGUUUAAGGUUAAAGAGUCACAAAAAAUGGAACAUUUUCAUGUUCCUUUGUUGUUGUCGCCUUUUUCGUUCUCGACCUACAGGGGCAGCUAGGUAUCCAUGGCCCGUCGGGCUGUCAUAAAUUAGACCCAAGUUUCUAUUACUAUGUUAUGCAAGUUGUGUAAGUUAUUUUGACUGCUUGUUGAAAUGCGGUGAGCCUACGGGUUAAGCCGGGCCGGACCGAACCAGAACCAAGAUAUACAAAGUAAAGGGACCAAUAAAAUGGACUGAUUAUUACCUGCCCGGUCUGGUCCCGUUUUGUCUCGCGUUUUUCGUUUUAUAUAUAAUUUGAAUUGUGGACUUUGAAUACUAUUAUAUGAAAUAGUAAUGCUUUGUGAUUA